GGGGGAGAGUGAGUGCCGCAGUGCGCUAAGGAGCAGGCAGCGGGCUGAGGGAGGCGGCAGGGACCGCGAAGAUGUCGGAUCUACUGCUGCUGGCUUCACCGCGGCGGACAGGGAGACCAGAACUGGAGACAGUACUGCAGAAGAGGCCUCACCAAUAUCCUGUACAACCUCAACAUGACGUCUCAACUCCUGUCCUCAGAGGACUGAGCAAUGAAGAGUCCCAAUCUUCCAGGGCAGAUGACAGGCAAAGACUGGCCAAAGAAAGGAGGGAAGAGCGGGCGAAGACUCUGGCCGUGAGAGAGCAGCAGAUCCUGCAGAAGGAGAAACGAGCCCAACUGCUUUACGAGCGGCAGAUAGAGGAGCGGUGGAAGAAGCUGGAGGAGCAGAGGCAGCGGGAGGAGCAGAGAAGAGCAGCCGUUGAGGAGAAGCGAAGGCAGAAGCUGGAAGAGGAGAAGCAGCGUCACGAGGCGAUUAUGCGUCGCACUUUAGAGCGCAGCCAACAGCUGGAGCAGUGGCAGAAGCGAUGGUCCUGGGGAGGAGCAGGAGCUCCUACAGGAGCUGGGACUAGGGAUGGUGCUCCAGAAAAUGCCCCACCCUGUCCUCUAGGUUUAACUUUCACCAUCCCCUCUGCUGCCAAAGUCUCUGAUUCUGCUGGUCCCACUGCUGCACCAGACAAAUUCUCAGCCUCUGCUGCCAAUCUGCCCAGACACAUGGAGUCAGAGAGUGACAAACUCCUCUCACCCUCGACAGCAGGCAACCCACAGCCCCCUGAGAAAGUGUUGACUAGUCCCCACAAGACCAAUUCCAAGUCUGCACUCAGUCCUCCUGGAGACACACCGAAUGGGACAGCGAUCUCGCCAGGAGGGACAAAGUCGACAAUGACAACAGAACUGCAACAGACAGAGAAAACAAAAAAGGCAAAAAGGCAACCAUCCCCUGGGCCUGUGUCAAGUGUGACGUCGACUCUCAGAAGAUCUCAGUCUCCCGCAAACAUGUCCAAGAGGUCAUCAUCACCUGCUGUGAAGGCCAACUCAAAGAUUCGAACGCGCUCUCCCAGCUCCAGCAAAGAGUUUCCGCCAUCUCCCACUUCCAGCAGCAAGUCUUCGCCCAUGAAAAGACGACCAUCUUCUCACAACAUUGUGGAAAGUAAAAAAAAGACCAAAGAUAAGGGAGAGCUGGUGCGGCAGAAUUCAGAGGAGACUGCACGGAACAACGCUAAAUCCCCAGAGCUGGCAGAAAGCGAGACUCCAGUAACUACACCAGUCAAGGAGCAUGACAGGAAGAAAGCAACUCCGGGUGAAGACACGUCCUCUACAAAGACCACCGCGGGAACGACGAACCCGGAGGAAGCGGCAAAGCUGCUGGCAGAAAGGCGGAGGUAUGUCCGGCUGCAGAAGGAGCUGGAGGAGAAGGAGCGGCUGGAGCAAGAGGAAGCAGAAAGGAAACAUCAAGAAGAGCUGCAGAGAAGGGAAGCUGAAGAGAAAGCUCGCCGUGAGGAAGAGGCACGAAAACUCGAGGAAGAGCGAAGACAGCAGGAGCUGGAGCGCCAGAGGAAGGCAGAAGAGGAGAGAAUCCUCCGGGAACAACAGGAGAGAGAACUUCUGGCCAGACUGGAGCAGCAGCGAGAAGAAGCUGAAACCAAGGCUCGAGAGGCAGCAGAGAGACAGCGAUUAGAACGGGAGCAGAUCAUCCAUCAGAUCGAGUUGGAGCGAAUGGAGCGAAAGAAGAGAAUAGAAGAGAUCAUGAAAAGAACGAGGCGACGUGAUACUGGAGACUCCAAGAAAGAUGAAAUCAAAGCAGAAAUCCUUCCUGCCGAGAACGAGGAGAAACCGCUUCAAACACCAGUCUUUGUGGAAAAAGUUUUGGAUGAAAAGCAGCAGGAGGAGGCACCCUGUGCUCAGGCCGAGGCUGAGAUUGCAACAGGUCUGGAGGUGGUCACUGGGCACGAGCAAACGGACAAUUUGGAUGAGCAACCAAACAGUGCGGACGAGUCGACAGACGAGCCACAGUCCAUGGAUGUGAGCCCCAUGUCAAAAGACGACGGCAUCUCCAUUCCUGAGUUCUCGCCACUCAAUGAGGUGAGCCAUGUUGUUGAGCUGGAGGAGGAGCAGCAGAAUGGGCCAGCUGAUGCUCGGGCUGUCGAGGACCUCAUUGACCUGACCGGCCAGUCAACCUACGCCCAGCUAUCCUGUGACAAGAUGACCUUGGAUGACUGCAACAAGAACUUGAUCGAAGAGCGAUGCCUUUCGACGGAGAAUCCUCUUAUCACAUCCCUGACUACGUCUGUGGACGAAACCCAUAUACAACCAUCUGCAGAGUUCUGAACACAUAGAUGCAGGGGCGCAAAAGACUUGGCUUCAAUCCGUACAGCACUACUAUGAUUUUGAAGACUGCGCUACUUUAAGAAGAUUCAUGUAGCCUUCAUAGAUAUCGUGGUAUAACUAACAGUGAUCCUUCAAGCAGCAGUUCAAAUCAUCCACUUUAAAUGCAAGUCUGUCUUUUUUACACAUGUAAUUCUGCAUAUCUUCUCCCUGGCCACAGCAGUCAGCAAGAGCAACGAACCGAAGUAUCAUUCAUUCUGCAAUUAAAUAACCACUAUAGAAGCUCACUCACAUUUACUGCGUAAUAAUUUAUAGUAUACCCUCCGUCAUGGUGAACUAUUACCCACACUGUUAAGAUCGAUGUGAAUCUUGACGAUAUUUACUUCGCUUCUGCUGGCUUCUCAAAUUUUCUCUUCUAAAAAGAAAAGGAAGUUGAUAUUGAAACUGCGUGAGUGAAUUUCCCUGGAGAGUACUGGUUUAAUUGCACUAUGAAUGGAUCUUGCAGUGAUGUACAGUGUGGAUUAGGGGACAUUGUAAUGUGUUUUAGAAAACUCAGGUAUUCUUCCAUGGUUACUGAAUGUUCAUUUUGAAACAGAUGUUAAAAAUGUUUUAUUAUGAUUCUCAAAGCAUUUAUUGCAUCAUAUUUAAUUAUUGUUUUUAUAAAUGUAUUGUUUUCAUAUCUGAAAACCAGAACCUCCUGAUUUUUAAGGUAAAAUGGAAUUGUGAAAUUCUUGCCAUCUUUAAUUGCCAGAAUAGUAUUGACUGCAGUGUUAUAUUUCGUUUAUUGCUAUCAACAGACUUUUGAGAUCAAACAUCCUCAAAAUAUGACAAUAUUGUGCCUCUAAAGAAAGUACCACAUUAACCAAAAGCACCUUUUGCUGCAAUUUAUCACAUGGAAAUGUUUUAAUUUAAAAAGCUUAACUAUCAGUUGUGAGGAAUCAGACUUUGCAAGCCUGCAAUUAAACAUUGGCUACACACCCUGACCCUAUGUAAUGAAGGGAUAUAUAUUGUCAUUGAGCGUGGAGAUUUCUCUCUAAGUGUAACAUGCCUUGCAGUUUUUGUGUCAUUACUUAAAAUACCAAGUUUCACUUGCAUCUCAAAACCAGCUCAAGGUUUAAUCUGCUGCACUGAUGGAAAAUAUUGACAUUAGUGGAAAUAACUUCACAAAGGCUGCAAUCUUUACAUAAUUUUCAGUUGCACCUCACCACUGCAACAAGCUUUGCAAAGUGGCAAAUACAGUCAAAUAUAAAACAAUGCAAAAGGAUGUCUUUGCAAGAGCUCUCAUUUCCUUAAGCAUUGUGUUUUGAAAGUAAUUUACAUGAUUACUGGUAAAGACAACAGUUGGGACACUUUGCACUGUCUGUGGCUCAAGCAGCUUGUGCCAACCCAAAGGGAAUGACAGUCGAGUUAAAAUAUGCCUGGCAUCAAUUGGACUGUAUAAUAAAUGAUGCAGGUUUGUUAAUCUAGUAAUGUAUCUUGAAUGGUAACCAAUCCUCAUGGAUGUAAAUUCAGUUACAACACCCCAAAGUGUCCAGAAAUUAAUCUCCUUGGCAUGACUGUGAGCAAACAUCAAAUCAUGGGGAUGUGUCAAAUCUUGUGGGUCCUCCUUCAUUCUUUUCGGAACCAUCCGUGACAGAAAUGUUAGAAAUGUGGAGAAGAUGGUUUGACUCAAGCAGCAUGAAGCAAGCAGAGUUGACAAUGCGAGGUCCAAAACCUUCAGCCAAAGCAGCUCGACAGCCCCAGGAAAGUACCUCACCUCCCUCACAUUGGUUUCUACUGGAGUGGUUAUACUUGCAUGUUGAAAUCACAGCAAAUGGCAGUCUUACCAUUUGGUUGUGGGUAAGCUCCCAGGUCCUCUCCAUUCUUUCCUUGCAUUCUCCCCGUGUUUGCAUGGGUUUCCUCCGGGUGCUCCAGUUUCCUCUCACAGUCCAAAGAUGUGCAGGUUAGGGUGGCCAUGUUAAAUUGCUUUUAGUGCCCAGGGGUGUGUAAAUUAGGUGGAUUAGAUGCAGGAUUAUAGGGAAAAGGGUAGGGAGUUGUGUCUGGGUGGGAUGUUCUUCAGAGGGGCGGUGUAGACUUGUUGGGCCGAAUGGCCUGUUUCCACACCAGGAAUUCACUUUUUGCUGCAAAAUCAGUGAUGACGCUUAUAGAAUCCCAAGAGUGUGGAAGCAGGCCAUUCAGCCCGUUGAUUCCAUACCAACCCUCCAGACAGCAUCUCACCCAGAUCCACCCAUUAACCUAUAACCUUGCAUUUCCCCUGGAUAACCCAUCUAGCCUGCACAUCCCCAGGCACUAUAGGCAAUUUAGCACAGCCAAUCCACCCAAUCUGCACAUCUUGGGACUGUGGGAGGAAACCUACGCAGACAUGGGGAGAAUGUGCAAACUCCACACAGACAGUUACCUGAGGCUGGAAUCGAACCCGGGUCCCUGGCGCUGUGAGGCUACAGUGCUAACCACUGAGCCACCAUCAAUCAAAAGCAAAGCAAUCCAGCAGAGUUGAUGAAGGAAAUGAAAAGGAUCACAUAUAAACACUUCCAGAUGAGGUACAGAGAGGAAAAGAGUUUGUCCAGUUCAGGCUUUGUCCUUGAUGGUAGCACAGGGUGUAGAUACUUUGUGGGAAGCCUUGGCCAGCCACCCAGACCAGCCAGGGCCCCUUGGAAUGACCAUGUGCUCCACCAGUAUUUAGACAUUCCCAUUGGGUUGGCCUAUUGCUGAAAAAUCCUUGGCAGUGUGCUUCUUGUGGGACGUCUUAACCACAUGUGUGGUCAAAUCUGUAACACUGGCUUAAGCUCUCACAAAAUAGCUGCCCAUCAGCUUCUAUAGGAUAGGAGAUCCUGAACUACACAGUGCUCAUUAGAGCAGUGACUAGCCACUAAACUGCUAAUUAUGUGUGCGGUGUGCACACACACACAAUCUUGUCUCAUUGCACUAAGUUGAUCCAUUCUGUUGAUGGAUUGUCAACAAGUGAGGCUUGCAUGCCGCAUUCAAGAUUGUACAAAAGAUCUAAUUUCAGGAUGUCACAAUGUGUACCAUUUUUGCUGAACAUUAAUAUCUCCAUUAUAAAUGUAGCUGGUGUACAAUAGCUUGUGUAGUUUGCUGAUGUGCUGAAAUCUCCUGUCAUAAUGCACAGCAUGUGUGUACCUGUAAAGCAUCAAUAAAUUUUUAUUCAAAAC